GGCUACCCGUCGUAUAUGUCCUCUCGUUUCUAUUCCGUUCGCCCCUGCACCCUCCUUCGCAUCCGCUGAUGCACACGGCCAAUGCAGCCACAGCAGCAGCUCUCCCAGAUAGAGAAGAGCGUCACACACCUGCUCGUCGCUACUAAGCAGCUCCUUGAGACGCUCACUCUCUGGUCGCGUGGCACCGCCACUGAAAGCGAAGUCUCCGAUGUCUACGUCCGACUGGGCUACGAGUUCAACAUUGCUUCCCGCGCGUUCAACGCCAUAGGAGUUGACACCGCCGAUCUUGGAAAUGUUCCCGAAUUGCUUCGAGGGAUUCUGGAGGAGACUCUUAGUCAAGAAGCCUCGCAGGCCAGUCUCGAUAACUUCCUUCCACGGAUUCGCGACAUCAUCAUCAACCUACUCCAAGGGCUGAAGAAGAAGCAACAGCGGCUACGGCAGCGAACGGGACGCGAUGCUGCUGUGAACGGAAGCAGUCCAAGGCAGGGCAGUGUGGAUAACACAGGUGACACCGCGGAACCACCACGAGCAGCAAGUACACGAUUGCCCCCACGUCAGGACGGUCAAGAUCUUGUCAAUGACGGUCCUGGCCUUCCGCCGCGCUCCUCUUCUGUACCUGGGAGGGCAUCACCCAGCAAGUACGACGCGCUUCCCUCCAAUCCCAGGGCCAAUCGCUCCACUACAGCCAGCCAGCUCUCCAGCGACUCGUCUCUCUCAAGCACUACCAUGCAGCAUAUGCCCGUCAUCGCUCCCUACCCAGCCGAUGAUGCCAUGCCCAAGUCGCCGGCACCCCACCAACAACCCAACUAUGCCGUUGACUUUCCUCCACCCCCGCCGCCUCCCAAGCAGCAAGACGCACUAGCAGCAUUGCAACGUGGUGGUGAACUCGAGAGGAGGGCUUCUCGACGAUUCUCGGCCUACCAAAUACAGAAACAUCUCGGAACCAAUGGUAUACCGCUACCACCUGUGCAAAACUCACCUAUACCGAAUCGCGGACGGGACGUUCGUGAAUCCAUGAAUGCCGUGCGUACUAGGGGUCCGUUUGUGCAUGGGCGGCAACGUUCAACCCAGCGGCUGGCAGCCGAACCAGCCCUGGACAAGGCGAAUGAUAUCUCCAGGCGCAUCUCUGAGGAGACCACUACUGAACCAGCACCUGAGUCAUUACCCGAGGAAAGUGUCGCACGCAAGACACCUGAUGACGGUGUAAGGUUAUUGGAGUCAGCCGAAGAGAAGCCUGCGUUGAGGGCUACUUUGAGCGGCCCUGUGAGUGACCCAGCCGACAAUGCAUUAGAGUCGCCGAUGAAGGAGCGGAAGAUGCCUGCAAGCAUACCCGCCAGACAUGGUUCACGAAGGAUGAAAACCCCCUCACCGCAGCCAGAGCAAUUUGUACCCGAACAGUCGCCACAGGCGGGUAAAGAACUCACCCUCUUCCUUCAAUACAAGAGCAAGAUCAAAAAGUAUGUAUUUGCGGACGGAUCCGAUCUUUCGGCUGCACGCCUUCAGUUAGCAUUCAUCGAAAAGUUUGCAUGGGAUACGCAUCGUAACGGAGAGCUUCCGGACAUUCACAUUCAAGAUCCUGUGUCUGGCGUCCGUUACGAGCUGGAAGACUUGAACGACAUCAAGGACCGGUCUGUCCUCGUACUCAACGUUGAGCAGCUUGAAGAGGUUAAACACCACAUCGAUGACAGAUUCAGUGGACUAAGCCGCUUGGUCGAGAGCAUCAAGAUCAUCGUGGAUGAGCAGCAAUCCGCCAUUCAACGAGUAGCAGAACGACAACAGCAAGCAGCCAAGGAGUUUGCCGGCUUCGCUGCUGCCCCUCCGAUCGCUUCUGCGCGUGUGUCUACGAUCCUGGCGCGAUCCCCGCAGCCCGCUGCCGGAACCUCGUCAGAUUCUCUACCUUUGGCCGCUCAAUUGAGCGAAGUACAAUCGCUCCGUCGAGAUCUCGCCGUAGUACGCCAGACGUAUACAUCGUUUGUUUCGGACAUGGAGGCAAACAUGUCUGCUAUCCGCACCAAGGCUGCUGCAGUCAAGUCAACUGCCGCGAAAGCUUCCUUGCCCGCCCUUACCGGCGACAGUGGCCGUGCAUACAUCAAUGCAGGCAAGAAAACGCUUCAGGACGAUUCAGAGAAGAUAGUCACGCGCGUGGAUGAUCUCCAGGAUUUAGUUGAAGACUUACGCAAAGAUGUUGUGUCUAGAGGCGUGCGUCCUCUGCCACGUCAACUCGAAAGCACGGCCAAGGAUCUCGCUUCUGCCACUGCUGAGCUCAAGAGACUGCAGGACUUUUUGGCAAAGGAGAAACCUCUGUGGACCAAGAUCUGGGAGCAAGAACUGCAGACUGUGUGUGAGGAGCGAGAUUUGUUGACGAUGCAAGAGGAGCUUGCAGCAGACUUGCAAGAUGAUUUGGAAAAAGCGGCUCAGACUCUGGAGCUGGUCGAGCAGGCGACCAAACAACAGAAUCUGCAGAACGAUCACACCCAAGGGAAGGGCGUGCGCUCCGCCAGUGGUCGGAUGAACGCGGCGGCCUACGACAAGGCAGUUGAUCCUCGUAUGGCACGGGACGGCGUCCUGGGUGAGGUCAAAGCGUUACAGCCGAAUCAUGAGGGGAGAUUGGAGGCGAUAGAGCGCGCCGAGAAGGCACGACAGAAAGAGCUUGAGAGCAGACGAGAUGGGGAGUUCAAACGGGAACUUGGCGCAUUUGUUGAGGAAGGUCGACUAAAAAAGAGUGGCGGGAUUGAAGAGGCCGAGCGUUUGCGGAAGGUGAAAGACGAAAGAGCCCGCAAAGAGAACUAUGAGAGAGCGGCCGCCAGGGAGAGAGCUCGAGCAGAAAAGGUUGCCGCUACUGCAUCGGCUGUGGCUACGGAGAAUGCAAACGACGACAAGGAGGAUGGUGAAGCGCCUGGUCAGGUAGAGCAGGCGUCUACCCAGGGUCCACCAGAGGAUGGGCAGGAUGAUGCACCUGAAGGUGGUGCAGACCCUGCAAAUCCCUAGGCCAUUUUAGCUUCACCGAGCUUUGGCUGAUAUCCUUUCAGAUGUGCUACUGCGGAGAACCUAUACUGCAGUUACCAGAGUCGAAGUGGGCCUGUCGCCAACAACCGUCCCUCCAUCACGCAAUGUCGCGAGCCGACUGGAAAGG